AAGUUUCCUUUUUCUGUCUUGAUUGUGCUCAGGUGUUCCUUGUUUGUGUCAAGGAAGUUCUGUUGUGUGUUCAUAGCUAGUUUCCUUUUGUCUGGUGCCUAGAUGUGGCUUUUAUGUAACCCUCUUCUUUGGUAAACUAGCUUAACUUGUGUAGGAAUGUUGGGUGACCAGCUGAAACCAGCACAAAUGUGUGAAAAGGCUCUUUUGAGUGGUGCCAUGACCAGUCAGGGUGGUGACCAUGCAAACACACUAAACCCCCCUUCUUCAUCCUCCUCCUCUUCUCGGUCCUCAGCAGCCCGUAAGCUGCAGGUGCAGCGCUCGCUCUCCCGAGAUACCAUCACCAUACACUUUUCCGCCAAGGGAAAUGAGGAAGAGGAGGAGGAAGAAGAAGAACUCUACAGGCUAGCUGUUUCCCCUUCUGGCCUUGAAACUGAAGAUCAGACUGUAGUCACUGCACAGGAGGCCAGCGAGGAGCUUCUCUCUGAAGGACUGGAAGCGGACAUGGUUGCAGGACUGUCAUCCCAGACCCACACUUCUGCCCUGGCUAUACAGCACCCUUACAUCAGCCUGGGUUGCACAUCCACUUCUGGUCUUGCUAGCUUCUCAUGGCCCUCUGAACAGAGGUCGACUGCCUCAGUACCUUCUACCCAUUCAGCUUCCUCCAGCUCAUCCCCAGCCAAGGUCUCUGGCCUUCCCUCAAAGCCCUUCCUCAGCCUAAUCAAGUCCCUUUCCACUGAGGUGGAAUCUCGUGAAGUUGCUCCCCAGCCGAUAAGGCACCGGCAUUUGAUGAAGACCCUGGUUAAGUCUUUGUCCACAGACACUGCUCGAUCCGAGCAGGAGGCUUCAUCAUCUCAUCGGCCCUCAGAUUCCCGGCUCAAUCUGCACCUCUUCAAACCUUUCACCCAGACUCGUGUUCCUGCUGUCAGUGGAGACUCCAAAACUGCUCCCUCAUCCCCCCUCUCUGAACAGAGGUCGACUGCCUCAGUACCUUCUACCCAUUCAGCUUCCUCCAGCUCAUCCCCAGCCAAGGUCUCUGGCCUUCCCUCAAAGCCCUUCCUCAGCCUAAUCAAGUCCCUUUCCACUGAGGUGGAAUCUCGUGAAGUUGCUCCCCAGCCGAUAAGGCACCGGCAUUUGAUGAAGACCCUGGUUAAGUCUUUGUCCACAGACACUGCUCGAUCCGAGCAGGAGGCUUCAUCAUCUCAUCGGCCCUCAGAUUCCCGGCUCAAUCUGCACCUCUUCAAACCUUUCACCCAGUCUCGCGCCCCUGCCGCGAGUGGAGACUCCAAAACUGCUCCCUCAUCCCCCCUCACCUCACCCGAUAGCCGCUCCUUCUUCAAAGUUCAGGAGGUGGAGGCACGUAUUGAAGACACAAAGCGGCGUUUGUCAGAGGUCAUGUGUGAGCCCUUUCAGCUGCUCAGCAAAAUCAUUGGCGAGGAACCUGGUGGCAUCAGCGCAAACACUUCCACAACUGCAGGAGUCUCUUACCGGUCCAGGAACCUUUCCUCCAGUGCCUCUGAACUCUCCAACCUGUCUGCCCUCAAUGGCCACUCAGAAAGCAACAAUAACUAUUGCAUCAAGGAAGAGGAAGACCUGGAAGGAGAAAGUCCUCUUGAGGGGCCAACUGUUGAGCUGCCUUUGCACAAAUCACCUUCUCUGGGCUUGGACAGGUGUUUUAUGUCAACUCUUGCUCGUCAAGAAGACGAAGAGUUUUGCGAGCUCUACACUGAAGACUUUGAGCCCUGCACUGACACAGAGUUAGAUGGAGAAGAGCCUUGUUCAUCCCAAGUUCGACGAGGGAGUACAGGGGGAUGCAGUGAGGAACCAACUGAAGGAGGGGAAGAGGAGGAGGAAGAAGAUGAGCCUCCAGGAGUACCCCACAACGUGCUGAUUCUUCUUAUAUCUCUAGUUUACGGUUACUUUGUGUUACCACUUCCUACAUAUGUGUGUUGGGUUUUGAUGGGAGUGGUGGCAGGUUUCGUGCUAGCUAUUCUGGUGGUGUGGUUGUCAGCAAGAAGCAGAUCUUCAUGUGGCCAUCAUGGCAGCUGGAGCAGAAGAGAGAAAUGGAACAGGGUUCCUCUGGAUAUCAAAGAACCAGCCAUCCACAAGGGUUGGAUGAAUGAGAUCUACAGCUAUGACCCUGAGACGUAUCAUGCCACAUUCACUCACUCUGUGUAUGUGCGUCUGGAGGGCUCUGUCCUGCGACUGUCCAAACCUAACCGCAAUAUCCCCCGCCGGGCAACCUUCAACGAGCUCAAACCUGACGUCACCUAUGUUAGCCAGAAAAUCUAUGAUCUCACCAACAGUAAGAUCUACCUGGUGCCUCAUAGCCUGGCCAGGAAAAGGGUGUGGAAUAAGAAGUAUCCCAUCUGCAUUGAGCUGGCCAAGCAGGAUGACUUCCUGGCCAAAGUGCAGGGAGAUAAGUCUGAUGUGGUGGAGGAGAAGACCCCUGCAGUAGGAGACAGGCCCGAGGCUGUAGGCACUAGUGAAGAACCUAAGAGAGUGCACACAGAACCUGUACUGUACCUGUUUGGGAGGACAGGAAGAGACAAAGAGGAAUGGUUCAGAAGGAUGCUACUUGCGUCCAAGCUGAAAGCCGAUGCCAAGAAGCCCUCUGGCCUGCCUACAAGCCUUUGGUUUGACUUCGAGAUCUCGUACAACGGUUCCUUUCUUAUGACUCUUGAAACCAAGAUGAACCUGACCAGACUGGGAAAGAAGGAGGGGGAAGGCCUUGGAGAACAGGGAAAAGAAGGACCCAGACCACGCACUUACUUCCUGGCUGACAGUGAUGAAGAGUCAUCGAGUGCAGGAUCUUCUGAUGAGGAAGAUGCUGUGGAAGUGCCUGAAAUUCCAGGAGUGGAAGGUUAUGUUGGGGGACACAGACCCAGCAAAAUCAUGCGCUUUGUGGACAAGAUUACCAAGUCUAAGUAUUUCCAGAAAGCCACGGAAACUGAGUUCAUUAAGAAGAAGAUAGAGGAGGUCUCCAAUACACCGCUGCUCCUGACGGUGGAGGUUCAGGAGUGCCUUUGGUUUGACUUCGAGAUCUCGUACAACGGUUCCUUUCUUAUGACUCUUGAAACCAAGAUGAACCUGACCAGACUGGGAAAGAAGGAGGGGGAAGGCCUUGGAGAACAGGGAAAAGAAGGACCCAGACCACGCACUUACUUCCUGGCUGACAGUGAUGAAGAGUCAUCGAGUGCAGGAUCUUCUGAUGAGGAAGAUGCUGUGGAAGUGCCUGAAAUUCCAGGAGUGGAAGGUUAUGUUGGGGGACACAGACCCAGCAAAAUCAUGCGCUUUGUGGACAAGAUUACCAAGUCUAAGUAUUUCCAGAAAGCCACGGAAACUGAGUUCAUUAAGAAGAAGAUAGAGGAGGUCUCCAAUACGCCGCUGCUCCUGACGGUGGAGGUUCAGGAGUGUCGAGGAACACUAGCUGUCAACAUUCCACCACCUCCAACAGACAGGAUAUGGUAUGGUUUCAGAAGUCCUCCUCAUCUGGAACUGAAAGCUCGGCCUAAACUGGGCGAGAGAGAGGUUACUUUUGCUCAUGUGACCGACUGGAUAGAAAACAAACUCAAUCAGGAGUUCCAGAAAAUAUUUGUAAUGCCAAACAUGGAUGACGUCUGGCUGCCUAUCAUGCACUCUGCCAUGGACACGCGUUCCAAUGCCAAUGCCUUGAAGAAUGAAGAAUCCUUGGACCCUGAGGAGUCCCUUGAGGACAUGUGAAGAUUAGUUACUGUAGCAAACAAAAGAUAAACACUUCAGUCCCAUGAGGGCAGGACUGUACCUGAGUUGAAAAUUACAGGUGCCAUAUUGCCCAUUGAACAGAGCUGUGAAAAAUCUGAACACAUCAAUAACUAAAAGAAAGGACAAUAUUGCUUGCUUGCUUGCAUUUGAUUUGUUCGGGACAGUAUGAAUAAAUAUGCUGUUGGCCCUCAAACAGGAUAAAGAGGUUUUGGUGGCAUAAUAAAAUGCAUACAGGUGAUGUUGACACAGCAGAAGACUUGUAUGUGACUAGGUAAAGUGUAUACGCUACCUCCAUUUGAUGCACGCUGACAUACCAAAUGUCCUAGUGUCGCAUGAUAGAACCUAAACUCUCUCCUCCAAUAGCCUAACGUCUAGUUGGCAGAUAGGAAUUACAACCCGAGGGCUUUCACUGGACUUUUGGGAUGACAGGGUGCCUGCAAACCACCUGGAGGGUUAAAGCAUUUGGGGUCGUGCAUCCUUGGGAUGUAUAGAACGUGCUAUAAACACCAGUAACGGAUGAAUCUGGUCAUUUUAACAGAAACUCUAAGCCAAAAGGGGGCAUUUCCGAGAUUUGCACCCUAUUUAUGAUUUUCUCGUGAUUGUCAUAUGCUUCUCGCAGCAAAUAACUUAUUAGACACAACAGAUCUACUAGUACCACCAUUAUCCUCUUCCAUUCACUGCUGCCUGAGCCCUAUGUGUGGCGUCUGAUUAUGCAAUUAGAUCAAUUUCACUGUGCUCAAGAGGGACACCAGCCAAAUAACCUCUCAUCCCCAAGCCAUCCCUACUCAAGCGGACUAUUUUAGAGGAUAGGGUUCAAGAGCUUUCGAAGCGAGAUCUCUCCAAUCAUCACCCCUCCGCAAUGGCCGUAGAUCAGUGGUUCUCAAAUGGUGAGUCGUAGGCCUGUUCUCAGAGAACAGCAGGGAUAAAGGUACAAAGUUAGGUCAGCAAGAUAAAUAGGCCAAUCUUUUAAAAGAGAAGAGAAAGACUUCUCAUAUCUUUCUAAAGUUUGAGUUUGUCAUCUAAUCAAUCCUGGCAUUUUUUGGUACAAAUUCAUGUCACAGAACUCAAACAGAUCUGUCUAUUUGUGGAGCAACCUGAAGGCAAAUUCGCCAUAGUUUGUAAAUUCUACUGGUUUUUCGAAAGGUGUUUUAUGAUUGUACAAGUAAAAUAAGAUCUGUGGUGAACAUUACUAAAGAGGCUUUCACAUUUUUACGUAAAUUACACUCAAAUGAGAAUUUUAAGCCAUUGUGUUUUUCAUAAAUUUAAGUUGCUAAAUAAAGAGUAUGAUCCAUAACCUAAAUUUUAAAAAAGUUCAUUCUCUUCAGGGUUUUUGAACUGAAGAUUGAACAGACUAAAGAACCAGACAGAGAGAUGAUAAAGGACUGUAUGUAUGGCCUGCCCUCGCCUUUAAAACCCAUUAAUGAAACUGCACAAGGUGUAUAAAAUACAACCCGAUUACAUUAUAUAUGAUCUAUAUAUUUGUGCUGACCACAAUGUUUCUUAUUCAGCCGGUCUUGUAAAUAACUGUAUAUUUUUGGGCAGUUAAUGGUAAUAUUAGUAUAUUUUAGUGUUUGAUUUGAAAGGUAUUUUUUGUUUACUUUUGAAUGAGAAUCAAUUGUUGGGAUGUCCAAUCUAGAAUCUGGGUCCUGAAGCAAGAAAUUGGUUGAGAACCACUGGGCUACGCCUCACAUUGCAUGUCAGAUCAAGGCUCAAAAUAAGUGCUAUUCUAUUUCCAACACAGAUGAACUCAUGUGUUUUGUAUGUGAAGAAGAUUGUUGAAUGUACAAACAGUUCAUAUUUUUGUCUACCUUGUUUGGCAUAAUUUGUCAAGUAUUGCUAUCUGUGGUCGCCAUCAGGUAGACUUUUUUUAUUAUUAUUUACUGCGCUUGCAGGCCAAUGGUGUAUUAAAUCAUGUAGGUAGUUUCUGUUGGUUAAAAGUGGCAAGUGAACUUUGCCAUCUAAAAUAUCAUGAGAUUUGAUAUUCUUCCAUUGUUAGAUACUUUGGUAUUGACAGGUCUGAAAAAGUGUUUUAUAUCCAACAUCACAAGUUCUGUAUCUUAGCUGCCGCUAAGGUUUAAGUGAACAUGAAUUAUGGCUUUUCCACCUCCAUUUUGGACUGAAGUCGAAGUAUCAAUGCUACAUGUAGUUUGAUUUCAAUGUGUUUAUUUGGAUCACGGUUUAUGCUACAAUUAUUACCAUUCACAAUUGAUCUUUUGUGUGCGCUCUGACAAUUGCUAUUUCCUUUGCGCAAUAUUUCAUUUGAAUAUUGUAUUCUGCCAUAUUGACAACAUGAUUGUGUGUGGAAAUUGAUAAACUGCUUUUGCAAAAAUAA